AUGUCGUCGUCUUGGGCGAAGGUCGCCAGCACCUCUUCAAACAACAAGGAUGGCAAGCAAGGUUCUGCGAAGGAAGUGAAGCCAAAGGAACAGCAGUGGUCCCAGGUUCUGGUCGAGUGGUACACACCCCGAAUGGAUGACCGAGUCAAACAAAUGGCCGCCGAGAUGACAUUUGCUAGGAAGGGCCUCCUCGCUCGACUGCGUAGCGACAUCCACGAUACAACACGUGUCACAGAUCCCAGAACGAAAAAAGUAACUUACCCACAAGAUCCAGACGGACCCCACUUCACAAUCGAGAUAAAGAACAGGUCAAACAGAUGGGAUACCUACCACCUCUACGUAAAGAAGGUCAAAGAUAAGAACGGAAAGGAAGACUGGAUCAAGAACUCAGACGUUCGUCCAAAGAAUCCCAAGAAAUGGGACGGUGCCUCGUCCUGGGUGGAAGACAACAACAAAACCUGCUUCGGCUCCGAAGAAAGGAAGGUCUAUUAG